AUGGCCUCACCCACUCAAUCUGAGCGCCGCUGGGAUGGGCUCCCGGAUGAGAUCCUGCUCCAGAUCCUUUGCUAUCUCGAACCUCACAACCUACCAAGGCUUCAACUCGUCUCACGCAGACUCAGAGAAGUCUGUCUUGACCAUGAGCUGUGGAAACGCCACUGUUUCGAGCGUUCACCAUGGUAUCACUUCCUCCAGAACCGCCGGAAGAUUUUUGCUACUUCUGCCGAGUCCAAGCUGGGCAAGGCUAAAUGCCCAGAUGUAAGCGACUAUGAUCUACUCCCAGACGCAGAUGAACCUCCAAGGCCAGCCAAGGUGCAUCUCGAGUUCCUCCAGGACAUGGCCAACUGGGAUCCAGCAUUCCCUGGUGAGCACGUCUCGUGGUAUGACGAGUACAUUCAACGCCAGGGACCGACAUGUGUCAACUGGCUCGAGACGCCGCGUGUCAGAGUUGGAGGUUUGCAGCACCUCAUCGAGGUCAGGGGCAUGGCUCUCUACAACCCAAACAACGGAGACGAUGGUCUUGGCAGCAUCUUGGCUGUCUCCCCCUUGGACGAUGGGUCUGUCUGUCUGUGGGAUGUCAACGGAAGCCGAGGGAAAAGGGGAGGAAUCGUGGCCACGAGCAGACCCGACAUUCUCUUCUUUGACGGCAGGGGAAACCAGAACACGAGGCGGUCCAAGAAGAUCGACACGGGUGUCACAGAGUGUGUUAGCGUCAGCAACAGCAACCACAAGGCUGUCUUUGCUGUGCAGAGUCACCUCAUUGAAGUCGAUCUCAACCGUCUUGAGGUAGUCAAGCGAGAUUCCUUCGAGUGGUCCAUCACAACCUUGUCACAGAUCCAAGACGGAGUACCCUUGACAGUCGGCACUUCAUUGGGCAUACACCUACACGACUUUCGAGCACCAUCAAAGGUACACGAUGAGGUUGUGGAGCGUCUCGAUGACCGCAGCCUGGAGGAAGAUAAUCCCUUCAAGGCCAUCUUUGACCCAAACCCACUGCCGCCGUACGCCUCACUGUCUCAGCCAACGCCGACCAGCAUUCUCCACCUGCCCCGGCCAGCGGGUGAUGAGAUGGUGUCGGACGACAUCUACGUGUCGGGACGGUUUUCCAACAUUCUGCAUUACGAUCGACGCCAGUUUCCCAAGAUCAUGGGCUCCAUCUACUCAGGAUCGAGGCUAUCCAGCCUGGCAGCCCUGCCUUACCCCUUCUCUACUGUGGAUCACGAGGUGCGCCGUCGGGGCGAGCUCUCGGCCGAGAGAGUUGAAGAAUGCAAGACGUCUGAGAAUGGCCGUACACUGAUUGCCGGCGGAGAGUACAAGACCAAGGGCUCUCUGGAGCUGUAUGGCUUGGGGUCUAUUGCCUUUUCGGACGGGGCCGGGCAAAUCAAGUGGUUCGAGAGGGACGGAUACACCGAGUGCCGAAGGAUCAAGAUCGGGCACAGCGACUUGCAGACGCAGGCGUCGCUCUUUGCCUCGAUGCCGGGCUCCGACGACCUCGCACGCAAGAUCUUGUCGACCAAGCGGGGGUCCAAGCCGGACCGGCCCAACGAGGACAACCUCCUGUUCUGGACGGGUGAGAAGCUUGGGAUGAUCAGUUUCACGGGAGCUCCGCUCUUCGCGCCGGAGGACUUUGACGAGGACAGGACCGGGGAGGCUGCGGAGGAUGAGCAGAAGAGACGGGUGUAUUCACAGCGGAUGCGGGAGGCUCUGGAACGGCAGGCUGACGAGGCACGGUUCGUACAAGGUCUUGGCCUGCCAGCGGGGGACAGAAAACACCGAACUCGCAGGUAG